AAACGCUCGAAUGAUCGGUCCAGAGUUUGUUCUGUCUGAGAGGAUGAAUGAGACGAUGACUGCAGCCUAUGAGGAAAGCCAGUUGAAGGAUGGGAUUUAAUGUGCUUCUAUUUGAAUCGAGUCAAAACCGAACUGGAGCUCAGAAUGAGUGUGUUCAUGUGACAACAGCCGAGUUACCGAGAUAAAACCAGGAUUAUUGAGUCACGCUGAAAGCUUCGCCCAAUACUUUCUGCAGACGGUUUGAGGCGCGUUUUGUUGCACCAAGGUGUGAGACUUUGGAGCGGACAGGUCCUUUUAGAGCGCAGAGAUCCGGAGAGGAUGGGGGGUGGAGGUCAGCAGAAUGACCCGGAUGAACCGGGCAGCGCGAAGGGGACAGGUGUUUACACCUGGGAGGAGGUCCAGAGACACUGCAGCAGGAACGACCAGUGGCUGGUCAUCAACAGGAAGGUGUAUAACAUCACUCAGUGGGCCAGAAGGCAUCCAGGAGGGGCUCGGGUCAUCAGUCACUACUCUGGAGAAGAUGCUACGGAGGCUUUCACUGCUUUUCACCCUGAACUGAGGUUUGUGCAAAAGUUUCUGAAGCCUCUGCUGGUUGGAGAGUUGGCAGUGACCGAGCCAAACCAGGAUCGGAAUAAAGAUGCAACAAUCAUAGAGGAUUUUGAACAUUUACGAGCUCAGGUGGAGAAGGAGGGUCUGCUUCAGUCCAAGCCUCUGUUCUUCUGCCUCCAUCUGGGUCACAUCCUGCUGCUGGAAGUCCUCGCCUGGCUGAUGGUCUCCUACUGGGGGACAAGCUGGACGCUGACAUUACUGUGUGCAGUGAUGCUGGCAACUGCUCAGUCGCAGGCCGGAUGGUUGCAGCAUGACUUCGGUCACCUUUCUGUCUUCAAGAAGUCCAAAUGGAAUCACCUGGUGCACAAGUUUGUCAUCGGGCAUUUAAAGGGAGCUUCAGCCAACUGGUGGAACCAUCGACAUUUCCAGCAUCACGCCAAGCCAAACAUCUUCAGGAAGGACCCUGAUGUCAACAUGUUGCAUGUUUUUGUGCUUGGAAACACCCAACCUGUGGAGUACGGCAUUAAAAAGAUCAAACACAUGCCCUAUAAUCACCAACAUAAAUACUUCUUUCUCGUGGGACCGCCGCUGCUCAUCCCAGUUUACUUUCACAUUCAGAUCAUGCAAACCAUGAUUACUCACCGUCACUGGGCGGAUUUGGUUUGUUCCCUGUCGUAUUACUUCCGCUAUUUCUACUGUUACACUCCACUGUACGGCUUCUUCGGCUCGUUGGCGCUCAUGACCUUUGUCAGGUUUUUAGAAAGUCACUGGUUUGUAUGGGUGACUCAGAUGAACCACAUCCCAAUGGAGAUUGAGUACGAGAAGCGUCAGGACUGGCUGACCAUGCAGCUACAAGCCACAUGUAACAUUGAGCAGUCCUUCUUCAACGACUGGUUCAGCGGACACCUCAACUUUCAAAUCGAACACCAUUUGUUUCCCAUGAUGCCGCGCCACAACUACCACCUGGUGGCCCAGAGGGUCCGUGCCCUGUGUGAGAAACACGGCGUUUCUUACGAGAUCAAAAGUUUGUGGCGAGGAAUGGCUGAUGUUGUCAGUUCAUUGAAAAAAUCGGGGGAUCUUUGGCUUGACGCGUAUCUCCACAAGUGAUCAGCUGCAGAGCAAACAUCUGAUUCUUCUUCCUCCGUUCUGAAUGAAAACUGAUUGUACUGUACCUGUGUGCCUCCAAUCAUAUGAAAUGUAUAAAUUCUUUGUUUGUUGAGUUGAUUUCAUUCAUUUAUAGAGUAAAAAAAAUUAAAAGUAGCAUCAUGGUUCGAAUAAAACUGACAAAUAUGGUAAAAUAUUUAUUUAACUGGCUGUUUUUCUUUUAUUGUGACAGAAUUCUAAAACUAAGUAUGUUAACAAUCAUAAAUUAUCUGUUUACCAUAAGUUUAUUUUAUUAUUAUUUUUUUCUGUUUAUGUAUGAAAUGUCAAUCUUCAUGCACCCUACAAACUGGGGGUUUCUGGACAAAACAUGAUGCUAUAAAAUAUUAUAUAGACCAAAGGGUUUUAACCAUGGUAAUGUAUUUUAUUUUAUUGAAAGGUCCUGAUUUAGCAACUUUUGCCUGAACAUCAUCCUUGUUUCUGUGCAUUUUUGUAUUUGAAGUAAAAUUAUAAAUAUUUUAUUGCUAUCAUAGUUUGAGCGUCAUAAAAAAUAAUGCUGCAUACAUUUUAUUGAUAGCAUCUUUACUUAAAAUGACCCAAUUUCACAAAAUGUUGCAUUGCAGGUUUUUAUGAAUGUCUACAAUCUGUUAAAAAAAAUCUACACAUUUGCUACUUUUUACAAAAUGCAUUGAGGCUUUUCUGAUAUUUGCUCUCAGUAAACACAUUUAGUUCUGAGUUUUGAUUCAAUGAAUUGAAGCAAAAAGCUGAGAAGUAACAACAACAAGAACAUCAUCCACAGUACUUGUACAGAUUUAAUGUGUUUGGUUAGAUGAAACUACGGGGUAUUUCUUUAAGCUUAAACAUAAAAAGUAAUAAAUAAAGUGACAACCAUGUGUAGUUGCUGUAUAAUGACAUUUCAUCCAUUAAAUUAAUUAUCCAGGUUGAUCCUGCGUGACUUUUAUUACUCUUAGAUCACCAACUCUAUCUUUUUUACAUGAACGUUUUCUUGUUUGACGUUAGCUUGAAGCAUCAUCUUGCUACAUGAAAAAGUUGUGACCUAAUUACGUUUUUAAAGGUACAGCGUGAACUCACCCUAGCUCAGUUAGUCAUUAGUAUACAUUUUCCGAUAGAAAACAGCCUCAGGCUGUGGUUUAAAAGCACAAGUAUGUUUACUGUAGUUUUGUUGUUUUCUUUGAUCAAUGAAAAAAAAAUUGUACUCCAAUAAAAUAUAUUUUUGAUCUCU